AGCAGCAGCAGAGUCGAGAGUUGGCAUUGUGAGCUUUGGACUGUCUUGGAAGAGGACUACUGAGUAGACAAAGGUCAAUCCCACCCAACCUCAGCAACAGCUAACAUGGCUACAGCAAGCACCUCAGGACAGAGCACUUUCGGGCUCGGCAGGAAAAAGAAGAAUCCCACUCUGAUGGAUUCCAUUAGCAAGUUCUUCGGAGGAGACAAAAAGAAGAGGAGCAAGGGGUCAUUCCGGGGUCACCUGGCCUCCUCACCCCAGCAAUCCUCCACCCGCCGUCGUACCAAUGAAAAUGCUGUGGUGCAUUUCUUCAGGAGCAUUGUUUCCACUCCACAACCUAAAUCCAGGUGGAGAGAUGUCUUGGGCUUGGCCUCGUCGCCACGUGCUGAGAGCACAAAGUCGCCCAUCAGACGACGCAGAGACCAAAGCACACUGUCCAGACUCUUCAACCUGGGAGAUACCAAGUCCCGCCCCCCCCCUAAACGCUGGAGCACCAUCUUCUAAGCUUUCCGCCGAGGACAAAACCACAGAUCCAUCGCCGAUGGGACAAGAUGAAGGAGGAGGAGGAUCAGAUCUGCAUGUGGCGGCCUCACAACCUCAAGAAAUGUUAACCCACUAACACUUUGUGUAUCUUUAGACAGUGAAACAACUUUGGCACAGUUUUAAAUCCACUCUCUGGGAAUAUACUGUGCCAGUUUUCAUUUAAUCCUACUUCUGAGGAUAUCUCAGUCAUUAUUUAGCUGUUUAAGGCUUUAAGAGGUUUGGUCAUGCUUUUAGUUAAAUAUCUCUGUAAAAGUCACCCAUUUGGUCUGAUGGUGCUAGUGUCUGUUGUCUGGUGUCUGAGGUUUGUUUAUGGCAGAUGUUUGUUUUUCUAUUUGUCUCCUGUUGUCUGCAUUUUGUACACGAGUGAUGCUUUAUGUAUCUUUCUAGAAACAAGACUCACCUGCAAAAUGCGCCCUUGUUUUUUGUUUCAUAUGA